AUGACAGUACGUAUAGGAAUUAAUGGGCUGGGUAGAAUAGGUCGAAGUGUGUUGCGCGCUAUUUUUGAAGUAGAAAGGUACAGUAAGCAAAUAGAAGUUGUAGCAGUAAAUGGUUCAUUAGAUGCAAGUUUACAUGCGCACCUAAUUAAGUAUGAUUCUAUACAUG